GGUCUAUGAUCUGGAUAUAUUUAAUACAUUUAAUACAUAAUAUAUUUAAUUUAGACAGAAAUUGUAAUCUGGACUGCCUUUCCAAGUUAAGAAUUAGUUAUAUAACUGCUUAAGAAGUAAAUAAAAGACUGGAAUAAUAAAAUGACUGACGGAAAAGGAACACAUGAUAGCCAGCCAAAAGAAGAACAUCAGCAGCCUACGUGCAUCGACUGGCAGCAAGGGAAGAACUUGGCGGCUUGUAUAGUAGAAAUGUAUGACAGAGAUCUCUGGACAGAUGUCAAGUUUCACUGUAAAGACCAUGAAGAAGAAAAAACAAUUCAAGCGCACAAAAUUGUACUAGCGGCAAGAAGUCCUGUGUUUCAGGCGAUGUUCUUUGGUCCUUGCGCAGACAGGACAAAUGAGGUGACACUGAAAGAUACAAAAAAGAACAUAAUGCUCUUAUUUUUGAGGUACAUAUACAGUGAUACAGUUAGCCUGACAAAGGAAACAGCCGUUUCACUCAUGGAAAUGGCUCACUGCUACCAAGUUUCAAGCUUGGUACACUUCUGCGCUGACUUUCUGGCCACCGUUAUUACACCAGAUAACGCAUGUGAAAUUCUAACUCGUGCACUGUUAUAUGAACUGACAAGUCUGAAAGAAGUUUGUUGUUCUUUUAUUGACAACCAUGCACAACUGGUCUUAAAGUCCGAAGGUUUUAUAAAUUUGUCGGAAAGCACUCUGUUGUACAUACUAAAAGGUGAUACAUUGUUCGCAAAAGAGGACGAAAUUUUAGAAGCGGCAGAGAAAUGGUCAAGAAGACGAGUUUUGGAAAGUAGACUGGAUGAAAAUGGUACAAAUAUCCGGACAUUUCUAGGUCAGUCCUUUUAUCAGUUGAGACUACCAACAAUGUCACACAAAUCAUUGAUAGAUAAUGUCAGCAGGAAAGGAUAUUUUUCGGUCGAAGAAUAUUCAGAUAUAGCAGGGUACAUCAACAAAGUUCCUGGCAUCUCAGUUUCUACCAAUUCCUGUGUGACACGGCUGCCGGAGGUAGAAACAGUAGAAGUAAAUGUAGAAACCGAACACGAAGUAAUCAUUGAAAAAAUCGCUACUUUGUUUGAGAUAACCGUGUCAAAGGACGUAACACUGGCAAAUAUUGUCUUCAGUAAAUUGAAACCUCAUUUAAAAGACACGAAAUGCUUAUACACAACAGAACGAUCUAUUGAAAAAUUUUGUGGUAAUGAAAAUAUGGCAAUAUCAUGUAGACAGUUUCAAAACGAAGUAAUAAAGAUAAACGAUGUUCAAGGUCGUUUGGGACAAAAAUAUAGUGUCAGUGUUUUGCAUCCUUUCAGAGGAGAUGUUCUAGAUAAUUUGGACCUGCCGUUAUCUGUUAGUAUAGCAAUUGAACCCUUAAAAUUAAGAUGUAACUUUAAACUGGAGCAAAAUAAACUUGAAGACGGGAGAGUAAAUCUUACCCCAUCACCGGUACUGAAAAAGAGUGAUAGUCCAUAUGUGGUUCAAAUCGAUGUCCAAUAUAGCUGUGGAAAUGGAGUACAAAUAAAAACCAGGGACAAUAAAAGAAAAAGGAACCUCACAUUUUUAACUGAUAACAUAAAGGUACAAAGCGAUGGACUUAAAAAGGACACUUUAGUAGGGAUAAAAAGUCUCGGUUUUGUGAAUUUUUCAAACCGCGUCAAGCACAGAAAUUUAGAGUGAGGAAGUGUACAAUUAAAUGAAGCUGUGUCUUCGGAACGUUCAAUGUGUUUUAUGAUAUAUGCAGAAACGUUUGUUUACAAAUAGUUUUCAUUAGCCGAAUACGUUAUACACGGACCAAGAAGCUGUACGGAUUUAUUUGUACUUCAAAACUUAAAAAAUUUGUUAUGUUCACCAAUGUGUGUCGGCUCAGUAUUGUAUUCGGUGAAAAUUGACAUAUUUCUUGCAAAAAGAUAGUAUUCAUUAAAUUUCUUUGGGAGCCCAUUUACGAAAUGUACAACCAAAAUGUGUUUAGCAUAUAAUGUUUGAAAUAUAGUUGCUUUAUACUUAUCAUGAACGAAGUUAUCCUUAUGUAUAUUAGUGCGUAAUGACAGGUAUAAAUUUGCCGAUGUUGCUUUGUCACAGACAGUUUCAAAGAUAUGUAUUCACUUCUUUCUUUCUUUUUUUAAAUUCACGUAGUGUAAAUUUAGUGUAUCAGAACGCUUGUAUUAAUCACGAAAUAACCAAGUAUCUGUAGCAGCAGUCUGUCAGUGUAUCAGCAUUUUAUUUUACAUGACUGAAAAGAUAUACACGUUUAACUCAAGGAUCGAAAAACUCUUGGAUAUCGCAGCAGCAACGACAUUCUUCACAAAAAUCAAGCUAGAUAUCCCGGUAGUCAAGACAUCCUUUACAAAAAGCAUGCUGGAUUUUCUAGUAGCAACGACAUUCUUAACAAAACGCAAGCUAGAUAUCCUACCAGUAAUAGCAUCCAUCGCGAAAAACAAGUUGUGGGAUAUCCCAGUAGCAACGAUAUUCUUAAUCAAAAACAAUAGAAAACCUGAUUACCUCAGUAGGAAAGACGUUCUUCACACAAGCAAGCUAGUAGACUGGAUAUGCCAGUAGCAACGGCGUCCUUCCCAAAUCCCAGUAGCAGCGACAUCCUUCGCAAAAAGCAAGCUAGAUUUCCAAGUAGCAACGACAUUCGUCGCAAAAUAUAAGCUGGAUAUCCUUGUAGGAAGGACAGCUUUCGCAAAAAGUAAGUAAAAUAAUCGAAUAACAACGCAUCCCUCCCUCAAAGAGAGCUAGUAGCUACAUAUAACAGUAACAACGACAUACUUGAAAGAAAGAAAGCUAGAUAUUCAAGUAGCAAUAAUAUCCUUCGCAAAAGGCAAGCUGGAUAUGCCUAUAGUAAGGACAGCUUUCGCAAAAAGCAAGCAACAUAUUUAAGUAACAACUCAUAACUAAUACUUCAAAUAAAAAUACAUACUAGUAUACCAGUAACAACGAUAUCCUUCAAAGAAAGCAAACUAGAUUUCAAAGUAGCAAUGGCAUCCUUCGCAAAAGCUAGCUUAAUAUCCCAGUAGCAAUGACAUCCUUCGCAAAGGCAAGCUUGAUAUUCCAGUAAAAAUGGCAUCCGUUGCAUAAAGCAAGCUAGAUAUAUCGGUAGCAAAGACAUCCCUUUGCAAAAGGCAAGCAAGAUAUUCCUGUAACGACGACAACAUUCGCAGACAAAAUGCCUUAUAUCCCUGUAGCUACAACAUCCUUCGAAGAAAGCAAACUUACUUGAUAGCCCAGUAGCAACGACAUCCUUCGCAAAAAGCAAGCUGGAUAUCCUAGUAACAAGGACAUCAUUCACAAAAAACAAGCUAGGUAUCCUAGAAACAACGAUAUAUCUCAGGGAUAUUGAACUUGAUGUCCCAGUAGCAACGACUUCCUUCGCCAGUGGAAGCUAAAUAUUCCACUAGCAACGACAUCCUUGUCAAAAGGUAAGCCACAUAUCCCAGUAGCAACCACAUCCUUCGAAGAAAUAAAGCUAGAUAUCAAGUAGCAGCGACAUCCUUCGCAAAUCGCAAGCUUUGCUAGAUAUCCCAGUAACAACUACUUCCUUUGCAAAAGGCUAGCUAGCCAUCCCAGUAGCAACGACAUCCUUUGCAAAAGGCAAGCUGAUAUCCCUGUAGUAACGACAUCCUUUGCAAAAGGCAAACUAGAUAUCCCGAAAGUAACGACAUCCUUCGCAAAAACCAAGCUAGAUAUCACAGAAGCAACGACAUCCUUCGCAAAACAAGCUUAAUAUCCCCUUAGCAACGACCAUCCUUUGCAUUAAGAAAGUUAGAUAUCCUAGUAGCACCGUCAUAUUUCAAAGAAAGAAAGCUGUAUAUCCUAGUAGCAAGAACAUCAAUUGCAAAAAUCAAGCUCUAUAUCCUUCAAAUAAAGCAAGUAUAUCCCAGCAGUUACGACAUCCGUCGCCAAAAACAAGAUAUAUAUCACAUUAAGAAUAAGGCGUGAUUUUAGAAAUAGUUUAGAAUCAAACUACAUUAAAUGUAAGAAGAUGAAAGGAUUGCUCAACAUUUGUACAUGUAUUCAUUUUUGAAAGUGGUUUUUAUUUUAUAUUAAGAAAUAAGUGAUUUGAUAUUGGCCCUGUUAUUUGUCUGAGGGCAGUCGUAUUGAUCCGAGGGCCAAUUGUCGAGAGCCAAAACGACUGUCCCGAGGACAAAUAAAAGGGCCAAUAGCAAAUCACUUACUAGUUUUUAUUGACAAUUUUAUUAAAUAACUGCAUGCACUUGAAGGAUUCAAAAUUUAAACCCUCUGUUUAUUAAUUGUUACAAAGAACAACUCUAAAAAUACACAACAUAUUGAUACAUCCUAGUGUUUUGGUUAUGUAUUCUAUUUUUAGCACAGUGUCAGUAACAUUUUACUAAGCAGCAUUUUUGUCUGGCUGCAGCCAUUUUGCCCCAUUGCAUUCUGUGAAGUUACCCUUGACAACCUAGUAGAAUUCCAGGAAUUAUUCCAACUGUCAAAACAAUUCUAAACUAAAUUUCUUUAAUUUAAGCAAAGGAUCAGAGUUUCUCAGUUAAUAGUCAUUUUAUUUAUGAAUUAUACCUUUGAUUUAUGUCCAGUUUUCAUGCAAUUUAAUUUAUUUUAGUAGUUUGAACCCUGAUUUUUAUGAUUUAACCAUAGUUUUGGCUGUUCCAUGUACACAUUGUUUUGAUGUGUACAUUCUGCACACAGUUGUACAUUCCACUCAGAGUUUGGUUGUGUGCAACAACAUAGUUGGUUUGUGCACACAAGUUUAUUGUGUGCAUUUGGUCAGUAUAAAAGCUUUUUGUGGGUUCAUUGAAUGGACUCAAGACUUUGAAUUUCAAGAGCUUAACCUAUUUUUGGUAACUGCCCAUAUUCUAUUUUUGACUUAAGAAUUUUUUAAGACGUAAUUAUUUUGGCUUAAGUAAAUAACUUUAACAGUAAAUUGACAAUUAUAAGAUUUAAUACUGAGGUUUAAUGGCAGACAUUUGUUCCAUUUAACGAUUCUACAUAUUUAAUAUUGUUUGUUGUUAACGAAGAUAUUUUGCUGAUAUAUUAUUAGUAUCUAUUUAGAAACAGUAUUUUAUAUGCAUUGUCUUAAUUUUGUUAAGGAUGAAAUAAAUA